AGAGCCGGGUCAUUUGUCUCCUUGGAAACCUACAAUAGAGGAAGUGGAGAAAGAAGUGACCUGCCCACUUUUACCUGCCUCUUUGCCAGUAAAUCCACACUGGCUUUACAGGAAGUGGAGAGUCGGCGGCGACAACGGGAGCCAGCUCGCUGCCAGGGAAGCAAAAAAGAGUUUCAGUUUUUCAUACCAACAAAAACAAGAAGAGAAUGGCCAUGGAUACCGCCAUCGUUACCCUGGCCUGUUACCUUCUGGCCUUUUCCUUUGCGGCGGCGCAAAAAGACGAGGAGAAAACGGCCGUCACGUCGGCAAUGACAACCCCCGAUUUCAACAGGACGCACACGUCCACACUGACACCAACCAACUCCACCGGACAGGCAGCCGACGUCUCGAACUCCAUUGCGUUUAGCAGCACGACCCGGGACGGGGGAACGCUCGCUACAACUACCGCGGCUCCACCCGAGAGCACGGGCCAUCCGCGGACUUCGAACGGCACGUCCAUGUUGACAACCACGACUCCUCCACCUCCUGCUGCGACCACGUCGACCGCGCAGACCGCGACAGGUCACACGAGCACAGCAGCGAGUACGGCAACCGCAGAUUCAUCAUCGACAGGUUCAUCAUCGACAGGUUCAUCACCGACAGGUUCAUCACCGACAGGUUCAUCACCGACAGGUUCAUCACCGACAGACUCAUCAUCGACAGACUCAACGGGCAGAACCACAAAGGGGCUCAGACUGAACAUUUCCGAGAUGAGUAUGACUAUCGCCUUCAGCAGUGUGCUCGGGGCGCUGGGCCUGGCGGUGGUUGUGUUCAUAUUUCAUAAAUGCAAACAUAGGAUCCAAUACCUGCAUCAACCUCUAAACAGCACUGGUGACGCGGAUGAAUUUGCAGCCGACGAUGACACACUUGUGAUUUCUGGAGGACUUUACGACGGCCAUCCAAUAUACGACAACGUGCCACCAGUCCCAGCAGACCAGUCGCAAUUUCGGCUCCAGUUCCUUUAAUAAGGAGGUGCCAUGGUUUGAACUUUGACCUUUUGGCUGCUUCUCCUCUUCCACUAAUUAGUGCAAUUUCAGGACCCUUCACUCACUGUGAAAUCUAAAUUCUUCAUGAGAGGCUGAGGGCAGAACAUUCACACAAAGACAAUGCAGGUCAAAAGGAACAUUUAUUUGAUUUCUAUCACCAUUUUGGAUGUGUUAGGUUAGCAACACGUAAAUAAACCAUUUCCGACACCAACAAUAUCAACUUGUGCAGAUGGGAUUGUAAAUGAACACCAGUUAAGAUAAAAGCUACAAAAAAACUCUACUGCUACUUAAAUCCCCUGCAAAACUCUGCAAAACGCAAACUUUAUAACGUGGUUUGAAUACAAACACCUAAAUCUUUCUGUUGUCAACAAUACCGUUUAACUGAACCAAAUCAUUUCUAUGCAUGUAAUGAAAUUAAAUGUCAUUCUACUAUCAUCAAUACUGUCUAUUUGAAAAGAUAACAAAGUUAAAAAAAAUGAAAAUGAGAACCUGUAACAGCACUUUUUAUGCAAA